UCAGCGUAUCAAAAACCUGUUUUUCGAGCAAAAAUAGCCCCCCCCUUCAGGUCCGUCCAGAUAAAAACCAAUUUCAGUAUUUGCACAAUCGUUGUGUAGUGCACGUCAGAGCGUAAAGAGACUGCGUUAGAGCAACACCAAUAUUUUCUUUUUUUUAAUAUCGCUUUUCCAGUAACCAAUUCUCAGUGAAAUAGCCCCAUUUGGACUGAAACAUGUCUUUGAAGGUGUCAGGUGAUUCGAAUGAAAUGAAGGAGCUGGCGUCAAGGAUAUGCAGGGAUUAUUUGUAUGGGCCUUGGAAGAGUGUUACUCCGCAGAAUAUUGGCUUCAAACAUAUCAGUGGGGGCUUGUCCAACCUUCUCUACCACAUAUCCCUCCCCGAGUCCCUCGUUAAAGAAACAAAGGACUUAACCGAGCCCAAGGAGGUACUCAUACGAAUAUACGGCCAAACCCACGGCGAGCACGCUCUCGAAGCUCUAAUCACCGAAAGCGUUGUUUUUACUCUCCUCUCAGAAAGAGGUCUAGGACCAAAACUACACGGCGUUUUUCCAGGAGGUCGUAUCGAGCAAUACAUCAAUGCCAGACCGUUAAUAACAAAAGAGUUGGCCGAUGAGAAGUUAUCGGUAAAGAUUGCACAGAAAAUGGCUUCUAUACACACCAUGGAGGUUCCGCUGCACAAAGAACCCGGUUGGUUAUGGGACACAAUUGAUAGGUGGCUGAAAACGUGCGAAUCUAAGUUGAAAAGUGACGACGUACCCGAUUUUAUUCGUGACGUCGUUAAUGUUGAUAUAAACGCCGAAGUGGAUUGGCUGAAAAAACGGCUAGAGAUGGAAAAUUGCUCGGUCGUGUUUUGCCAUAACGAUAUGCAAGAAGGAAAUAUUUUGAUACGGCAAGACGGACCAGAAAAUAAUAACAAUGAUGACCCUGAAAUUGUGGUUAUUGAUUUUGAAUACUGCUCAUACAACUACCGAUCCUUCGAUAUCGCCAACCAUUUCAUGGAGUGGAUGUACGACUACACUGAACCCGAAUAUCCCUUCUACAAAGAACAACUAGACCAUUACCCCAGCAAGCAGCAGCGGCUACUGUUUAUCAAAGCAUACCUAGAAGCCAGAGGCUUGAAAGAGAAUCCCAAGAAAAUCCUGCGAGAGGUGGAAGUGUUCAGUUUGGCUUCUCACUUCUUCUGGGGAAUUUGGGGGAUCAUCAACGCCGGAACGUCGACCAUACCUUUUGGGUAUUGGGAGUACGGAGCUGCGCGGCUGAAGAAUUACUUCCAGCAGAAGAAGAAAUUUGCGUUGGACAUGACAUCGUUGGGAACCUGUUUGCCCACGAAGAGGAAGAGUUGCAGUUUGGAGUGAAUUUCGGUUAAAGUCAAAUUGUACUUCCGUUUUUAACUUUCGACUAGUCGUCUGAAGGUUGUAAAAAAAUUAAGGCUGAUGAUCUUCACGUGAUAUUAGUAUCAAAUGGCUAAAGCUUGAAAUGUAUGUACCUAAUACGAAACCCGUGAUUUUGUUAAUAGUACGACCAUCACUUUUUUGUCAAUUCGGGCACGAAUUAUCUACAUUUUUACACUUUCUAGCACACAAGUCGAUACUAGAAGAUUAUUGAUCAUGUUGGCUUUAAUUCCAUCAUUCUUAUUGAAUUUUUUUAGGAAAAAUGUACUUAAUAUUCAUGGCUUACCGGUGGCUGAAUCUUAAAUGCAUUUGUUGAAUUUUUUAUUCAUUCGUAUAUACGUGUAUAUAAGUUAUUAUGUUGUCAUAUUAUUAAGAUGAUUUUAUCUUUUGUAAAUAAUUUAUUUUAAUAAAUAAUAAGUAUGGGAGAA